AGCCCGCGACCGCCCUCCGGAGCGCACGUACGUCGCAAUCGGCGCACAACCGUGGCAGGUGUCGGUGCCGUGAUGUGCAAACCGUGAAACAGUUCUCCAUAUGUGCUCGCCUUUAACUUCCUUCCUGCUCGGAUAAUCGGAUUCGAAAUUGGAAUUUCACUAUGGGUGAAUCGCUGUUAAAAGAGGAUCCCCUCUCCAGGAUCCAAAGAGAGAUCAUAGAAGUGACAGAGAGAGAACGAGAGUUCAAAGAGGGUCAUUUUAGAAUAAACCGUCUUAUGUCGGAGUCUACCAUCGACGUCAACAAACAGAACGGUCACGUCAACGGAGACGAUGACCACAAGCCGCAGAAAACCCUCAACAGGGCGGUGUCCACGUCGCACCUCAUGGGGCCCGUGACGCCCUCGCCGCCGCCGGCCGCCUCCGUCCUCAACACCAACGGCUACACGCGCCGCUUCACGCCGCAGACGGGGACCAAGGGAAUCAUGCAACGGUUCAUUGCGAACAAAGGCAAACUACCCGCCACCUCUCCUGUCGGCGGCCCAGUACCCAUGGCCUCGUCCCCGGUCGUGCCUCUAGCCCCGCCUCUGACGUUCCCGACCUCGCCCGUCAUCGCCCCGGCCGUCGUCAGUCCCGCCGUGAUCACCCGCACGCCGGAAGGCAAACCUGUCCGAAAGGGUUACGUGCCCGUUGAGGAAAAAAUACAAAAGGAACUCAGAGACAUGAAAGACAGAGAGCAUGAACUGAAACGCAUGAGAAAGAAACAAAAGCCGUUCGACAUCGAGUUGAGCGACAAUGAAACCAGCUCCGAGUCCGAGGAUGAGGAAAUUCCGCUGCCUGGAAAACUGAAGGCGACCAAAUCUAUCGGAGAAUUAUACGAGGCCCUGAAUGACGAGCUCCGGUCGCCGUCGCCGCGGAACAGCUCGGGCCACGAGUCCAUCGGCAGCCUGAAGCCGGCCAAGUCGCUGGCGGAGCUGUGCGAGCUCAGCCCCGGCCAGGAGUUCCUCGCGCCCAGCUCCACGCGGCUCAUCGCGCAGUGGGAGUCCAUCAUACAACAGAAACAGGAAGCCGGCGCCGCUUAAAUUGUAACAGUUUGAGAAGACGUGAUGGUUCAAUAUGUGUGGGCGUGUAACGCCAAAAAACUCAGUACGUGUAACGUCGCGUGAUCGAUUGUAGCGGGGUUUAAUGUGUGUCAGCGGAUUCGGAUAUGUUACGCGAGAACUCGAUACCUGUGGCCGGCGGACUGAGACGCGUCGCGGGGCGCUCGCGUCUCGCGACGUUUUACUUUCGAAGAAAACAUGAGUGGCACCUAUCCACAUGAAAGUGUAUCAUUUCGGUAUUUCAAGUGCCCGAUCAAGUUAAGUUCGGCCGAUCGAUUUCUUUCGCCGAUCGAUUGUGGGGCAAUUAAUUUUCUCCAGAUUGCGAACAAUGCAAAUGAUGGUUAUCCGUAACAGCAAUUAUCUCGUGCAUGCGCGCCGUUGGAAAGCGGCCGAUACU